AUGUUUGACAUCUUCCGUUGCCUUCAUUUCCCCCUCCCGUCGCCUUCACUUCCCCCUCCCGUCGCCUUCACUUCCCCCUCCCGUCGCCUUCAAUUCCCCCUCCCGUCGCCUUCGUUUCCCCCUCCCGUCGCCUUCAUUUCCCCCUCCCGUCGCCUUCAUUUCCCCCUCCCGUCGCCUUCACUUCCCCCUCCCGUCGCCUACUGUCGGAGAAUCAUCCUCUGUUGCAUCCCGUGGCUUGCCUUCUCCUUCCUGGACUCACCCUCGCUCCCUUCUUCUUCUGAGCUCUGUUCCUUAACUGAAUAUAUUGCUAACAACAAUCUAUUCGGUGACACUACACUUCCCCCUCCCGUCGCCUUCACUUCCCCCUCCCGUCACACUCGCUUCCCCACCCGUCACCUUCACUUCCCCUCCCAUUGCCUUUCACUCUCUCCUGCUCAAUCUCUUUCCCCCUGCUCACUCUCUUCCCCCCUGCUCACUCUCUUUCCCCCUGCUCACUCUCUUCCCCCCUGCUCACUCUCUUCCCCCCUACUCACUCGCUUCCCCCCUCCUCAAUCUCUUCCCCCCUGCUCACUCUCUUCCCACUCUCUUCCCCCCUGCUCACUCUCUUCCCCCCUGCUCACUCUCUUCCCCCCUGCUCACUCUCUUCCCCCGUGCUCACUCGCUUCCCCCCUCCUCAAUCUCUUUCCCCCUGCUCACUCGCUUCCCCCCUCCUCAUUCUCUUUCCCUCUGCUCACUCCCCUUGUUCUAACCCCAAUUUCCCCAUUUCUCACCCAUUUUCCCCCUUCACGCUCUCUUACCCCCUCUGCUCGCCCCUGUUUUCCCAACUCACGCCUAUACUCACUCUCUCCCCCCCUGCUCACUCUCUUCCCCCCCUGCUCACUCUCUUUCCCCUUGCUCACUCUCUUUCCCCCCUUCUCACUCUCUUUCCCCCUUCACGCUCUCUUUCCCUCCCUUCCGCCCGUUGCCCCCCUUCGUCUCGCGCUCGUCCCCUCGCAAUCCCCGUCUCUCUCUCCCCCCGUCGCCCUCGUUUUCCCCGUCGCCCUCCCUUCCACUCCUCGUUGCCCUCGCCAUCCCUCCCUUCUCCCUUCCCAUCUCGCACACUUGUCACGCCCCCUUUCCAACCCGCACAUACACCCUUCCCUUCUUCCCUGUUUCCUCGUAUCCCCUGCGCUGCUCCCCCCCAUCCUCCGACUUGCUCCCCCCAUCCCCUUCCCUGCUUCCCCCCAACCCCUUCCCUGCUCCCCCCCAUCCCCUUCCCUGCUUUCCCCCUUCCACUUCCCUGCUUCCCCCCGUCCCCUUCCCUCCUUCCCCCGUCCCCCUCCCAGCAUCCCCCCAUCCGCUUCCCUGCUCACCCCCAUCCCCUUCCCUGCUCCCCCCCAUCCGCUUCCCUGCUUCCCCCUAUCUCCUUCCCUGCUUCCCCCUAUCGCCUUCCCUGCUCACCCCUGCUCCCUCUGUUUCACCCUUGCUCCCUCCCCUUCUUCUCUGCUCACUCUCUUCCCCCUUGCUCACUCUCUUUACUUCUGCUCACUCUGUUCCCCCCUGCUUCCUCUCUUCCCCUCUGUUCAAUCUGUCCCCCGCUGCUUCUUCUCUUCCCCUCUGCUCAUUCCGUUUACUGUCUUUCCCCCUUCACUCACCCCCAUACCCCCCAAUGCAGUUACAGAAAGGGGUGGGGCGGAAUGGAGUGGGGCAGAAAGGGGUGGGGCGGAAUGGGGUGGGGCGGGGCGGAAUGGGGUGAGGCGGAUUGGGGAGAUGAGGGAUGGGGAGAUGAGGGAUGAGGAGAUGAGGGAUGGGGAGGUGUGGGAUGGGGAGGAGAGGGCUGGGGAGGAGAGGGAUGGGGAGGUGAGGGAUGAGGAGGUGAGGGAUGGGGAGAUGAGGGAAGGGGAGAUGAGGGAUGGGGAGAUGAGGGAAGGGGUAAUGAAUGAACGUGUAUGCGACGGAAGGGUGCUGCUGACCACGCACCCUCCCACACCCCACGCGAUGGGAAGGGAUGAGAGGGUGGCCGGCAUGGGUAGAGAAGCGAUGGUGAAUAGGGGGAACGUGAUGGGCAGGGGAGUGAUGACGACGUGGAGAGAGGAGGAGAGAAGGGAGGUCGGCGGGAAGGCUAAGCGAGGACGAUGGGAGGGCAAGCGUGGGCGACAGUGGCGGUGGGCGACGGUGGCGGUGGGCGACGGUGACGGUGGGCGACGGUGGGGAGAAGCGUGGGCGACGGUGGGGGGAAGCGUGGGCGACAGUGGGGGGAAGCGUGGGCGACGGUGGGGGGAAGCGUGGGCGACGGUGGGGGGAAGCGUGGGUGACGGUGGGGGGAAGCGUGGGCGACGGUGGGGGGAAGCGGGGGCGACGGUGGGGGGAAGCGUGGGCGACGGUGGAGGGAAGCGUGGGCGACGGUGGGGGGAAGCGUGGGUGACGGUGGGGGGAAGCGUGGGCGACGGUGGGGGGAAGCGUGGGCGACGGUGGGGAAAGCGUGGGUGA